GUGUGUGUGGGUCUGUAGUUGUGUGGGUCAGUGUGUGUGCGGGACAUGGGAGCGGGGUCCCGGGGGCUGCGGGCAGGGUGGGCGCGGCUGGGGCGAUGAUUGCCGGCGGGCCGGUCAGUAUCGAGGAUGGGGAGCGCCGUGUCCAAGCGCAGACCCCCGCGGAGCGGCGCCGUCUCCCCGCCUGAACCCUCGCUCCGAGCAGCCCAGGUGUUUGGCGAGUACCUGUCGCAGAGUGAAGCCGCUUCCAGCAGCGCCAAAGUGCCAGAACCACUGGUGGUAGAGUCCCCGAUGGGACUGGAGGAUGUGUUGCAGGUGCCGGUGCAGAACAAGCGUCGCCUGUCAACGAUGUCGCAGAGCCGGCUGGAGCGCAGCUUCUCUGAGGAGGGGGCGGACAAGCCGGCGGAGGCACAGAAGGCCCGGGUGUACACCAUCUCUGGGGAGAGCCAGCUGGUGUCGGAGAGGGAGAGCGAGGGGGCACGGCAGGCCAAGGCUGGGUCACAGGGACCCUGCGGCACUCACACCAUCGCUGCCCGGGGCUGGGCUGCUGCCAGGGCCGGCUCCAAGGACUGUCCCAACUGUGCCCGAGCCCCCAUCGUCUCUCAGCAGAACUUCGACCUGGAGCAGGCACCCUCCCGAGAGCCCGCACGGCAUCGCAAAAAGCUGGAACGCAUGUACAGCGUGGACAGGGUAUCAGACGAUGUACCAAUCCGCACUUGGUUUCCAAAAGAAAACCUUUUCAACUUUCAGACGGCUACAACCGCAAUGCAGGCAAUAUCGGCUUUCCGCGGCUACACAGAGAGGAAGAGGAGGAAGCGUGAGAACGAGUGUGCUGCUGUCAUCCAGAGAAAUUUCCGUAAGCACCUGCGAAUGGUUGGGAGUCGAAGAAUUCGAGUUCAGGGUUUUUGUGAACGACAAGAGAAGAAUCUUGGCCGUUCCUGGAGUGACCCCACGCCGGUCAAGCCUGACGUGAUGUGUGAAACUCGAGAGAGCCAGGAGCUGCAGAGCGUGUGUGCUGCUUCGGACGAUGACUUUGACGAUCUUAGCUGGGAGGCCGAGAAGGAGCUGGAGCUGCUGUCCUGUGACGGUGAAGACUUUGUCCCGCCCAAGAUUAUGCUGAUUUCAUCCAAGGUGCCGAAGGCAGAAUACAUCCCGACCAUUAUCCGCAGAGACGAUUCCUCCAUCAUCCCCAUCCUCUAUGACCAUGAACACGCUACAUUUGAUGACAUCUUGGAGGAGAUAGAGAAGAAGCUGACCACGUAUCGGAGAGGCUGCAAGAUCUCCAAGCUGCUGAUCUUCUGCCAGGGGGGUCCGGGUCAUCUGUACCUGCUGAAAAACAAGGUUGCCACCUUUGCCAAAGUGGAGAAGGAAGAGGAUUUAAUUCUGUUUUGGAAGCGACUCAGCAGGAUGAUGAGCAAGAUCAACACUGAGGCCAACGUGAUCCACGUGAUGGGCUGCUACAUCCUGGGCAACCCCAACGGAGAAAAGCUUUUCCAGAGCCUAAAGGAUCUGAUGAGGCCCCAUCGCAUCUCCUUUGAGUCUCCGUUGGAACUUUCUGCUGAAGGCAAGCGAAUGAUCGAGACGUACUUUGACUUCCGUCUCUAUAGACUGUGGAAAUCCAGGCAGCGCUCCAAGUUACUGGACUAUGAUGAUAUCUUGUGAGGAAAAGGAAGAUGGAAUUGGAAUCAUCAAUUGUAACUGCUCCCAUUUGAGAAAGCCACCUCUUCAGUGAAGGUGGCGGAGUGUCCGUGAUGGGACGGAGGAGAACCUGAAUACGCCUCUGUUGUAUCUUCUUCAGAGGAAGAUCGGGUUAUUGGAAGUCCUGGAUAGGAAUGGAUCGGAGCCAUCCGGGAGCUUUGUCGCUUUGAGCAGAUGAAGCAGGAGUAUGGAUUUUACGCAAGGCCAACCCUGGUCAAGGCAGGAGUGUGUCGGGUUAACAUUUUUUCACCCCCACCCUCCUUGGGCAAAGGAUGGGCUGUUGGGAUCCUGGCGGAGCCAGAGUGUGCCAUACGAGGUUCUAUGAUGGUUCAAUGGGCUUGAAGGGUGCGUGGGUCAGGACCACCAGCUUGCUGGCCACGGGCAUUCUCAGCGGAAGCCAGCUUUGUGAGAAGUAAAGUAGUGGAAGGUUUUAUUACUGAAUAUAAGUACAAUGGACUUUUACUUGAAUAGUGCUAAUUAUACAAGUUAGUUAAUAAGGGUCUCUCAGUAGUUAGGAGGAUAUUUCAUCUAUUUGAGAGUGUAGUGCAGUGGGUUCCAUUAUUAUUUAGUUGACCACUCUGGCAGUGGCAAGCAAGAGACUGAAGGCUUCACUAGGUUGAGAAUCGCACUCUUUGGGCGAAAACAUCCACAAUUAAGUAUUCUUAAUGUAUUUACUUUAUUGUCUGCAGCUGGAACACUAGUGGUGAUAGAGUGGUGUAGAAA